AAAUGUUACUGCCAAAGUGGCAUCUCUAGUUUCUUUAGAAUCAAUGUAUUUUCUAUGUCAUAUUUGAAACCAUUUGUGUAUUAUAAACUAAUGUUAUAUAGUCAAGCAUUAAUUUAACAUUAUUAUUCGUACAAUUGCCAAACAUUUAUAAAUUAUUUCAGAAAAUGCUAGGUAUAAGGCAAUAUGUACAACGAUUCAUAUCAAACAAAAUAUUUAAUGUAGAUAACUCCAACUGUUUAUCUAGUAUACAACAAAGAUCAUACAAUUGGUAUAAAGAUGAAGAAGAAGAAUCAAAUAAAGGAUUCCUUAAAUAUAAUAAUGUUAUUUUUCCUCCGCAAAAACCAGGUGAAGAGAAAAGACCAGGUUAUGUCUGCCAUGUAAAAAAAUUCAUUAAAUAUAGUCCAUUAAAUAUGUGGUAUAUUGCUUGUUUUGUAAGAGGUAUGAGCGUAGAUGAAGCUAUUAAACAAUUGAGUUUUUUGAAGAAGAAAGGUGCAGCCAUAGCAAAAGAAGUUAUUUUAGAGGCACAACGUAUGGCUGUAGAGGAACAUAAUAUUGAAUUCAAAAGUAACUUAUGGGUUGCCGAAUCUUUUGCAACAAAGGCUCUGAUAAUAAAAGGCAUACGACGUCAUGCUAGAGGAAGGGUAGGACUAGUACAUUACAGAUAUUGUCAUUACUUUGUACGUUUAGAAGAAGGAAAACCACCAAAACAUUAUUAUCAACCAGCACCUAAAACAGGCGAAGAAUGGUUGGAAGAAUGGAUGGAACAGAUGCGUACCCGCAAAAUAUAUAAUUCAUUAUAAUGUACGCAUAUAUAGUUAUAAGUAAAUAAAUAAUUAUACAUCAUA